AUGGAUGUGAGAAGAAAACAAAAGAAUGAGACUACAUUUACUCCUUUAUGUGAUGCGUGGGAUUGUCCACGGCAGGCUUCUCUACUUGAAUCCUCUGAGCAGACAGCUCUCGAAAAAGGCAGAAGAAUGGGGGAACGUUCCCAUUUGUCCAGUCAAAAGUUCCAGGAGGAAAACAAAAUGAUGAAAAAAGAGUCUCUUUCCCAACUGAGUGAAAAAGAUCAAGGACCGAAGUUAAGAGAGAGACGGGUGAACUUUUCAGAGAUUGUCACGGAUCUUUCUGCCUCUUGUGAAGCAUUGAGUUUAGAUGUCCCAGCCGAAGAAAGCAUGAAUAGCACAGACAGUCAUUCUGCCUAUGGCCUGAAGGAGUCACCAAUGGGGCGACAGCUACGGCACAGCAGUGAUGCAAAAAAGAAAUGUGUAGAUGGAAUGUCUCCCAAAACCCGCCUGAAUCUUUUGAAUGCAGAACUGGAAGAACUUAAUAAAAAAUGCAAAAAAAUUGAAGAGGAAUUUGAAAGUGCUGAAAAGGAACUGUUGGAUUCCAAGAGAGAUGUCUCUCCCAAAAUCCAAAACGUGAGAGAAAGGGGGGUAGAUACUUCCAAGAAAUACUGUGAACUCCAGGCUUUACGCAAUGACCUGUCCAAAAAAGCAACCAAUGUAAAAAACUUAACUAAAGAGCUUCAGCAAGCCAAAGAAGUCAUCCACAAGUUGAACCUGGAGAAUAGGGAUUUAAAAGAAACUAUUAAGAAGCUGAAGCAGCAAAUGGAGGUGGGGACUGCACUUAUAAAAGACGAAAUGAAAUUGUGUUAUGACCUAGAAAUGGAGAAGAUUCGAGAUGAACUGGAUGCUAUCAAGAGUGAGCUUCGAAUUGAGAAGACCCUGCAAGCAAGAAACAACAGGGCCCUGGAAUUGCUGCGAAAGCAUUUUGUCUCAAUCAGGCCAUCAGCUCCCCUCGGCCCAUUUCCAGGGGAUGUUUUUAAAAAAAUGUUAAACUAA